UCUCCGGUCGACCGUGAAAGAAAAUCACGUCCCAGGCUCCCCCGAGUCAAGACUGAGUCAAAGUCAAACUUAUUGUGUUAGUCAAAGAAAGAACGGGUGACUGAGAGUCGUGUACAGGGCUCUGCGGAGAAGGGAAGAGGUAUGAUGAGUUCACUCCUUGGCUCCAUGCACCAGCGUCUGCUCCAACUGACCAAGCUCUUGACGUCCUAUGUCAACCAAGGCCGGCACAACCAGGCCCUCACGCUCUUCUCCCAUAUGUUUGCCAACCCCGACCUCACCCUCGACCCCUUCGCUUUCCCUCUCGCUCUCAAGUCUUGCGCCGCCCUCCACCUCCCCUCCUCCGUCGCCGCCAUCCAUUCCCACUCCCUCAAGUCCAACCUCCUCCCUAACCCUUUCGUGGCUUCCUCCCUCGUUGACUCGUACGGUAAAAGUGACUCAAUCGUCCAUGCACGCCAACUGUUCGAUGAAUGUCCCCAAAGAAACGUGGUUGUCUGGAACGCCAUGAUUUCCCUCUAUUCCCACUCUAAUGACGUCGCCAGCGCUUUGAGGUUGUUCGAUAUGAUGGAUGUGCCCCCGACUGUGUCAUCAUACAACUGCGUCAUUGCUGCUCUCGCCGAGUCUGAGGGCGGGUCUUCUCGAGCUCUUGAUUUGUAUGGGCGGAUGAGAGCGUCAGGCAUGACACCGAAUUUGAUCACAGUUCUGGCUCUUCUCCCUGCUUGCGUCGGUGUUGGCGCGCUGAGUUCCAUCAAAGAAAUUCAUGGCUUCGCUUUCAGAAUUAAUAUACACAAACACGUCCAAGUAGGAAGCGGCAUUGUUGAAGCCUACGGCCGGUGUGGCUGUCUAGUCAAUGCGCGUCGUGUGUUUGAUCUUAUGCCACAGAGGGAUGUUGUGGUGUGGAGCUCCAUGGUUUCCUCGUAUGCCUUUCAUGGGCAAGCGGACAUUGCCAUGUUAACAUUGAAACAAAUGGAAUCAGACAAUGUGCGGCCCGAUUGGAUAAUGUUUCUUGGUGUGUUGAAAGCAUGCAGUCAUGCCGGACUCACUGAUAAUGCACUGCAUUUCUUUGAUUUGAUGACGAAGCAUUACGGCAUCGAAGCUUGCAGCGAGCAUUAUUCGUGCCUGGUUGAUGUUUUGAGCCGAGCUGGGAGGUUAAGGGAUGCUUAUGAUGUUAUACAAGGGAUGCCGAUGAAGGCAACUCCGAAAGCUUGGGGAGCACUUUUGGCAGCUUGUAGGAAUUAUGGAGAAGUGGAGCUGGCGGAGAUUGCUAGUCAAGCUUUGUUUGAGAUAGAACCAGAGAACUCGGGUAACUUUUUAUUGUUGGCAAAUAGCUACGCAGGUGCUGGAAGAUAUGAAGAGGCAGAGAAGGUUAGAAGGGAAAUGAUUGAAAGAGGUGUUAAUAGGAGAGGUCCUGGAAGCAGUUGGGUCAUUUCUCAGUAGACUUGUGUUGUGCCUCUUGAUUGAUGAAUCAAUCAAAUAGAUAGAUAUUAGAUACCAUAAAGCCACCAUGACCAUGAAACCACCCUUAACCAUUGCCAAUUGGCUGGAUCAUAUCUGAAAGUUGUGGAGGGCAUCAGUGUGGAGAAGAUCUGCUCUAUGUUCAUAUAUAUUGUUUCAGGGCAACAAACAAAUGCUGAAAGACGGAGAAAUUUCUUUAGUAUUAUCUUUUGCAAAGUACUUGGUUAAAAGAUUACAUAACAUAACAUAACAUUGUUUGGAGUGAAAACUCACCCCAUGGUGAUGAUUGAUUACCUCAAGUAUAAAGACAUUGAAUUUGAUUCUAGAAUCGGGACUCAGGAGUUAGAUUGUAGAGCGACUUGAAACAGAUGUUUGUAAUACUUAACAGAUAAAAUCAUUUUGUAUCAAGUGUAGAGAUACUGAAUUAUCUUGUUCUAAUCCUCUUCUCAUUAAGUAUGAAUAGA